AUGGCCUACUGUGGACCCGCUUGUGCUGUGCCUUCCUGUGCCUCUGCUCCAGUUGUUGGCUUUGGAUCAGGUGGUUCCAGAGGUCAUGGUUGGGGUCUUGGCUAUGGUCUGGGCCAUGGCUAUGGCUUGGGCUAUGGCUAUGGAGCUGGUGCCUUGGCUGAAACCUCAGGAAGACUGGGCACCCUGGCCGGAGUCAUCCCCUCCUGCAUCAACCAGAUUCCAGCAUCCGAGGUGACCAUCCAGCCUCCUUCUUCAGUGGUGACCCUCCCUGGUCCCAUCCUCUCCGCCAGCUGCGAGCCCGUCGCUGUUGGAGGCCACUCCCCAUGUGCCCCCGGAGGGCUGAGAGGAGGCUGGGGCUAUGGAGGCUGGGGCUAUGGAGGCUGGGGCUAUGGAGGCCUUGGCUUCAAGGGUUAUGGUGGUCUUCUUGGGAAAAGGUACCCAUGGAACCGUAGAGGAAGCAUCUGUCUGAGCCGUCGUGGUAGCAUCUGUCUGUAG